CUCUCUCUCUCUCUCUCUCUCUCUCUCUCUCUCUCUCUCUCAUAUUUUUAAAUCACAAAUUUACAAUGGACCCUCUUCCUACUGCAACUCCAACUCCAGCUCCUGCUGCUACCUCAGCUAGUGUUCAACAUGUAAACAAGAAGUCCUCCGAUGAGCUGCUAAGAAAGUUUGCUGAUUCAGGGGAUGAGGCUGAGGAGGCCCCGGAAAAGAAACAAGUGAUUCGGAUGUCGAAACGCCGGAAAGUGAGAAACCGGGCAAGUGGUGAAGGGGAGCAAUGUGAGAGCCCAUCAAAUGGCAAGAGCAGCUUAGUGGAGAGGAGGUCUCUGCUUCCUGCUGCUGGCACUAAGAACAAGGCAUUGCUUAGGCAACUUGGGGUUCAUGGCAGGGCAUCACAACUCAGGGCCAGGGAUAUCAGGAACAAGUCUCUCUUUGGUGCCAUUCACAAGACAUGGAGAAGGACCAUAGAAGGGGCUUCAAAGGUUUUCAUGGAGAAGCAUUACAAUAGACACAAGCGUUUGAUAAGUGACAUUGCCUAGCUCACAGAGUCUCUUAAAUUCCAGAAAUUUCUAGUUGGAAGGUCUCAGUCAGCCUUGUGUAAAUCUUGCAUCCAAUUUAUAUUUCUCAUUAAUCUUUAAUAUUGUUUCUUUUUUCACAAUGAAUAA